UAUGGUGGAUUGGGACAUCUGUAUUUGCUGAGAAACUUUUACCUUCACUGAGGAGCACAGCAAACAGAGGCUGAGUGGACUGGUUAUGUUGAGACUUUGGAUGAAGAAGUUAAACCUGGAGCAGACAGUGGAGGACUCUGCGGUGCUCAGGACUCACACAAAGUCUUCAGACAGCUCGCUGCCACUGCUGGCUCUGGGUAACGAUGCCGCUCGUCCUGCUGCGGUGGCCGGGGCUGCUGGUCGCGGCGGAGCAGGUCGCUCUGGUGGAGGUCUUCCUCGAGCAGCGGCCCGGUGUCAGCGCUCUGCUCCAGGGGGAGGUGGUGGAGUCCGGCAAGGGAAGCAGGAGCUCGGAGCACCUGGAGGAGGAGCGAGAGGAGCUGGAGGGAGAGCUGGUCCUGGUCCAGAGCGAGGAGACACAGCUGAGCGGAGGAAAAGGCGACGAUGACACCAAAGAGCAGGAGCCGUGGAUCGGGGUGGUGCCUGUGGAGAUGGACGACAGCAAGGCCUCCACUGGAAACCAGGAGUCCUUCGCUGAUGCGAUGGUCAAUAAAAUGAAGCGAGCGCUGGUCCUCGGAGCGUCUGCGCUGAUCAUUCUGGCUCUCAACCAAAACACUGUCAGUGAGAUGGAUCUGUCUCAGGUGCUGUCCAAGCCCAUCAUAGUGAUCCAGACAUCUGAAAAUGUCACCAAGCUGAUCGGCGCUCUGCUCAGGGGUCUUCAGGCGACGGCAAAAAUCACAUACAAGACGAUCCUGCAGGACAACCUGGGAGCCACGCUCACGCUGUGGUCCAGCUGCGGUCGAUCGAGAGGAGGUCGCUAUGGAGAGUGGCAGGGGGUCAUCUGCACGGGAGAGACCAACUCUCAGGUUCAGAAAUACCUGCAGCAGCUGUGGGACACUGUUCUCCUGGUGGCUCUGAUCCUCAGCACCGGCGUCAUCGUUCAGGCUCGCUGGCAGUACCAGGACCACCAGCUGAACGAUGACUUGGAGCUCUUUCCUAAACAGGAUGUCCUGAAGAGAAUGUCGUCCUUGAAGACCAAAACAUAUCGUCAGCCCAAGCCAUGGUGUGACCCGUCCCAGUCGGGGGAAACAGACAACUGUGCCGUCUGUCUAGAGCCAUUCAACAACAACCAGUGUUUGCGGGUGCUGCCGUGUCUCCAUGAGUACCACAGAGAUUGUGUGGACCCCUGGCUGCUGCUGCAUCACACCUGUCCGCUGUGCAAACGCAGCAUCCUCGGCAGCGUCUGCAAAGACAGUUAACGGUCGCCUCGCCUCCACAGACACAGCAGCAGCAGCUCUGGGAAUAAAGUCUUGUCUCUUCCUCGGUGACACUCUAGUAGCCGUUUUUUUUACUGACCUCGCCGCUUCCUCCUUCCAGCAAUGGAUUGUGGGAGCAAAUAUAAACUCAUCACAGCAGCUGGCCAGCCGUCUGGACUGUGGAGCAGUCAGAUUUUGACAUCUGACCUUUGGGUGGGUGCAACAAGUCUCACAGAGAUACAGUGGUAAUGUAAACACAAUACUAUGAAGUACUGUACUGGUACUGUUGUGUGUAAACAGUACUUCUUCCUGGGAUCAUGUUACUGUACAAUUGUGGAAAUAUUUGUAUGUGUAAUCUACAGCAGUGAAGAUGUGACUCAUGAGGGUGUUUGUGCUCAACGUGACUCUUAAUACACACACCUUCUGCUCCGUUUCUGUAAACAGCUGAGCAACAAGACAUCUGGCUUUCAAUGAGUAAACACUGAUAAUCUCAGCGAGUACUCGUGGGUCUGUUGUUCCUGCAUGGACGUUCAAUGCUUUAUGGAUUUACGCAGGAAGAAACUGAUCGACUGGCUGGUAUCAAAGUUAACUUUAGGGCCAAAUGAUGUCAAUAACCAACUUAUCAAGUGAGAGUUUAAACGUAGUGUCCAAACUCAUACUUUGGUAUUAAAUGUUAGUUGUUAAGGUUUUGUAGUUGUAGUCCCGAAGUAACCAGGUGGUAGCAGACGUGGAAAGUGUUUGCACUUGUCCUUAACAUGCCUUAUGACUUAACUACAGAGUGAAAGAAACCACAAACACACCUCUUAAAUUCUACUUACGUUGUGUACGUUACAGUAGCUGAUUUAGUUACACUGUUAUAAACUAUUAGUGAUAGAGAUGUUAAAUAGGUAGGUAGGUAGGUAGGUAGGUAAACAUAUUGUAGAGUUCGUGGCCACUGUUGAGUUGGAUUUUCACUCUUCUUUGAUUAUAUUAUUUAUCUGCUUUUCUCUUUUAAGAAGGUCUGUGUGAAGAAGUUAGAAACAAAGAACUGGUCCAACAGAAGGUCAUCUCAUACAUCAUGUAAAAAACGAGUCCUCUCACUGACGUACGGCUGCACAGGUAAUAACGUAGUUCAUUACAAUUUUGUAUUAAACCACUUGGCUCUAUGGCAGGGAUAAUUGUGUAAAGAAAAGCACCUGCCUAAUUUCAGUGCUUAUUUUUCAUUUUACGGAAUAGUUCAGCAUUUUGAGAAAUGUGCUUAUUCACUUUCUUGUUAAGAAUUUGAUGCCUGUUCAGUAAGUUUGAAGCUACAGUCAGCAGCCGACGAGCACAGCUUAACUUAAAGACUGGAAACAGGGAAACAGUUUGAAAACUCAAGCUGCCAACCAGCACCUCUAAAGCUUAUUAAUUUGCCAUUUCUCUUUGUUUAAUCUGUAAUACAGAAAUCAAAGUGUAAAAUUGACCAGUUGUGGUUUUAAGAGUGAUGCGUUAUUUCUUUGUCAGGAACAGCAGCUUCUCUCCGCUGGUUGGCAACCUUCAUCUACAACUGGUCCUUUACACUUAAGAUUAAACAAACGAGAUACAGCACGUUAAUUAGUGGCUUAAGAGGUAACCUUUGGACAUAGCCAGGCUAGCUGGUUCCCCAUUUCCAGUCUUUAUGCUAAGCUUAAGAUAAACUUCACCCACAAAAUGGUAAUUUGUUUACCAAUUACUCACCACGUUACCUUGAAUUCAUGAGGAAAACAUUCCUCUUGCAUGCCUCCACAGUGAACGAAGAAUCCAAAAACUGAAAAUUCUUGAUUAAUCGGAGUAAAGGGGAGUCGCAUUUAACAACAACAAAACGACAUCAAAACAUUUGUUUACAAACUCUCACACAACUAAUGCAGUAUAAUCCAAGUCUCAAUUGUCUUCCAAAACACAUGCAUUUUUGCUAAACGCGUGUGUUUGGGAAGUGCUUAACAUAGGCCUGCAUAAAUGAGACUUGGAUUAUACAGCACGAGUUGUGUGACAGUUUAAUAAAUGUUUUGAUCUAGGUUUGUUGGUAAAUGUGGUUGCCUUACUUCAAGAAUUUUCUCCGUUUUUGGAUUCUUCGUUCAUCAUGAAGGCAUCCAAGAAAAAAUGUUUUCUUUACAAAUUCAACAGGGGACAGAAUGAGUAACUGAUUUACAGCACAGAUCUGAGGGUUUAAGUAUUCCUUAACUGGUUGCAGCUUCAUACUUUAUGUACAGACAUCAGAGGAAUCGAUCUUCUCACUUUACUUUAAUCAAGAAAGAAAGAUCGCAUGUUUCUCUAAAUAUCGCACCAUUCCUUUGGAUACAAUUUAAAAUAUUAAAAUUCUAAAUUAGUUUGAAAUUGGAGGCCAAAAACUGUUCUAGCAGAGUAAAACAGUUCACUUACCAAAUAACUGAUCAUACUGUCAGCCCUAACUGUGCAGCCGUACUCUGAGGCAUCUCCAGUGUCUCAAACACCCUCUACUGUGAAAGGAAAAAGCAGUGAUGACUCAAACUCAAAAAAAGAUGUCAAAAACAUAGAAUUAUAGUAUUUAUUUUAUGUUUCUUUUUUGUAAUGUCAACUUCAAAAAGCAAUUAAAUGUGCUUUUUUUGUUACAAAAUGCUCUGAUAGAUCUGUUCUCUUCAUAGAAAAUCGUCUGUGCAUGGCAACAUGUCGGAGGUUUCCCCACAGUUAGUGUGAGAGAGGUGAGGCGCCUCUGUACAGCACGUGCUUCCAAACACAACAGCAUCAUUACGAGUUGAGUUCUUUUUCUAGAAACUUCUUUUGUUUUUACGAAGGCUGGACAAAAGUGGUGUGAACUGGGUGGAUGACAUUGCAUGCAUGCACUUGAACGCUACAUGCAACAAGCUUUAACACAAGCUUCUCGUAGACGAUGAGUACAAGGAGCAACACAGUGUGCCACUGAUGUCCAGACUUGAUCACCAGGUCAGUAAUUGUUCUUCCAGCUACAGAAGAAACCACAGUUUCUCCAAAACCCUGGAUGUCACUUCCUUUUAUUCCUAUGUUGUCUAUUUGAUGAUGAUGAUGAUGAUGAUGAUGAUGUCAAAGAAACUUCAUUCAAUCAUUUUGAAUCUUAUUAAUAAACUGAUUUGUUACUUGGCAAAAAUAAA